AUGGCAAUUAACACAAGUGAGAGUUCUGAUACUAUAGAAAAAAAUAUUGAUUUAGACUAUGUUUUGGUGAACGAGUUGGGCCAGUUUGGGCGAUUCCAGCUAAAAUAUAUCUGCCUCAUCGCAUUGCCGCUGAUGACAGCUGCCUUCUUCAGUGACUAUGUCUUCACAGCAGCUGCACUUCCACAGAGAUGUCGUAUCCCUGAAUGCGGCGAGAGAAACAAGAGUGCGGUGUUCCACCCAGAAUGGAUAGCAAACGCGAUACCAGUCAUAGAAGAGGAAUCUGAGCUUGCAAGUUGCGAGAGAUAUGUGUCUGUCUAUCCUGGAUAUAACAGUUCCGUGCUAGAUUGCCCUAUAGACCUGUUCGAUCAUUCACGUACUAAAAAAUGUGACGGGUUUGUGUAUGGAGGAGAUAAUUCUGUGGUGUACGAUUUUGAUUUGGGAUGUGAAGAAUGGCUGAGAUCGCUCUCAGGAACGCUUAGCAGUCUUGGAACACUCCUGGUCCUACCAUUGGUUGGCUUCAUUUCUGAUCAUUUCGGCCGUCGUAUGGCUUUACUCUUCAGCGUCUUCAACACUGCUCUUUUUGGCAUCUCCAAAGCCUUCUCGGUAAAUUAUACAAUGUUCCUAAUCCUACAACUUCUGGAGACUACACUAGGUGCUGGUUUAGCGAGUUCCGCAUUUAUAUUCGGUGCCGAGCUAGUGGGUCCCAAGUACCGCGUAGUUACCUCUGCCACGUUGGCAUCAGCGUUUGCCCUUGGUGAAGUACUACUGGGAGCAAUUGCCUGGCUUGUACGCCCAUGGAGGACUCUCAUCCUCACUCUUUACAUUCCCGUUUUUCUCCUAUUGUCAUAUCACUGGAUUCUUUUCGAAAGCGUGCGGUGGUUAUUAGCUAAGCAGAAGUAUGAUGAAGCUAGAAAUGUGCUAGAAAAUGUAGCAAAGACAAAUAACGCUGUAAUAAGUGCAACGUCCAUGGAUGCUUUAUUGAAUCCUCCCACAAUUAUCAAAAACAGCGAACAACGAAGCCUCAUAGCAUUUAUCUUUCGUUCCCGCGUCCUAUUCAGAAGAGUGUGCACGACCCCAAUAUGGUGGAUGACCACAACAUUCAUAUACUACGGAUUAUCGAUUAACUCCACGAGUCUGUCCAGCACAAUAUAUCUAAAUUAUAUCCUUGCCGUUGCUGUCGAGAUACCGGGAUUCUAUAGUGCAGUGUUAACCUUGGAUAGAUUUGGUAGAAGGAAAACUCUGUGUUGUGGCUUCUUUAUCAGUGCAGCAUGCAAUUUAGCUUUUAUUUUUAUACCAUUAGAUCUAUCUAUUCUUCGACUCGUUAUAUACUUAGGGGGAAAAUUUAGUAUAUCGCUAGUACUCGCUUCACUUUACCUGUACACGUCAGAGCUCUACCCUACGGAGUUUAGACACAGUUUAUUGGGGUUUUCAUCAAUGGUUGGCAGAAUUGGACCUGUUUGUGCCCCGCUUACUCCACUACUCACUGCCUAUUGGCAUGGUCUGCCACACACAAUAUUUGCUAUAUUUGGAGCGUUAUCUGGUCUUUUAGUCCUAACACAGCCAGAAACACUUUCAAAGAAACUGCCUGACACUUUAGAGGAGGCUGAAGCGAUUUGA